AUGUUGAAGAAUGGUUUUAUCCCGGGUCAAGGUCUUGGAGCGAAAUUGGAUGGAAUAGUGGAACCAAUUCAAUUGCCUGGUCAGAAAUACACCUUUGGUCUUGGAUACGAGCCUACUCCUGAAGAAAUCUCGUCGGCCAAUCUCAAAAGGAAAAGUGACAAUCCCUUACCACAACCUAUCCCGCCCUUGAAUCAGUCAUUUUCCAAGGCGUUUGCUGCAGAAGGAUUAGAAGAAGCUGUUGAAGAUAACCUCACAGAAGGACUCAAAAACUUGUUCAUUGAAGAAACGGAAUGCAAUAUGAUUUUGGAGGACUGCACUGAGGCCCCGACCAUAUGGGAUGCCAUGCCUGGAGAUGCUUUGAACAAUUGGACUUGUAACCCGUCCCCGUUCCUCCGGGAAUCUUGCAAGCAAACUAAUAAAUCUGUCAAUGCCGAGAAUGUGACAUGUAAUGAAACGAGCGAACAAACCCCGAACAGUGAACAAACUUUUGCAGAAUAUGAAGAAGAUGUGCAGUCUGGAGAGUUGACCAAGGAGUUUGAACAUUUUGAGAAUAAAGAAAAGCCAAACUUGGAUGAAACAGAGACGAUAAAUUUGGGAGAUUCAGCAGAGUUGGUGAGAGAUACAAGAAUUAGUGUCCAUUUGACUUCGUCCCAAAGAAAAGAACUUAUUGAUCUUUUGAGACAAUACAUGGACGUGUUCGCAUGGUCUUACGAUGAUAUGCCAGGUCUAAGCACGGAUAUUGUUUCACACAGAUUGCCAAUUGAUCCCUCUUGCCCCCCAGUAAAGCAAAAGCCGAGAAAGAUCAAGCCUGAUUUGAGUUUAAAGGUUAAGGAAGAAGUCUCCAAGCAAUUUGAUGCCAAUGUCAUUCGGGUCACCAAGUAUCCCACGUGGUUGGCCAACAUAGUACCAGUGCCAAAGAAAGAUGGAAAAAUCAGAGUAUGCGUAGAUUAUCGAGAUCUCAACAAGGCUAGCCCGAAGGAUGAUUUUCCUCUCCCAAACAUUCAUAUACUUAUUGAUAAUUGUGCAAAGCAUGAGUUGCAGUCAUUUGUUGAUUGCUUUGCAGGAUAUCAUCAGAUUCUAAUGGAUGAAGAAGAUGCGGAGAAAAGUGCAUUCAUCACGCCUUGGGGAGUGUAUUGUUAUCGGGUAAUGCCUUUUGGACUCAAGAAUGCAGGGGCAACAUAUAUGAGAGCUAUGACUACCAUAUUUCAUGAUAUGAUCCAUAAGGAGAUUGAAGUUUAUGUGGAUGAUGUCAUCAUCAAGUCACGGAAGAGCUCAGAUCAUAUAAGAGAUUUGAAGAAGUUCUUUGACAGAUUAAGGCGGUACAAUCUGAAGUUAAAUCCUGCAAAAUGUGCAUUUGGUGUCCCUGCCGGGAAGCUGUUGGGUUUCAUCGUGAGUAGGAAAGGGAUAGAGUUGGAUCCUUCAAAGAUAAAGGCUAUUCAAGACUUGCCUCCUCCAAAGAGUCGAAAGGAUGUAAUGAGUUUUCUUGGCCGCCUCAAUUACAUUAGUCGAUUCAUUGCACAAUCUACUGUAAUUUGCGAGCCAAUCUUCAAGUUGCUGAGGAAAGAUGCUGCAACAAAAUGGACGGAAGAUUGUCAGAAAGCUUUUGACAGAAUCAAAGAGUAUUUAUCUAGUCCACCAGUCUUGGUGCCCCCAGAAUCUGGAAGACCGUUGUUGUUGUAUUUGUCAGUGUCUGACAAUGCAUUCGGAUGUGUGCUGGGACAACAUGACGAAACUGGAAAGAAGGAGCAAGCUAUAUAUUACUUGAGCAAAAAGUUCACUCCUUAUGAAGCUCAGUAUACUUUAUUGGAGCGCACUUGUUGUGCUUUGACUUGGGUUGCACAAAAGCUGAGACAUUAUUUAUGUGCAUAUACCACUUUUCUCAUCUCAAGGAUGGAUCCACUCAAGUAUAUAUUUCAGAAGCCUAUGCCCACUGGAAGGUUGGCGAAGUGGCAAAUUUUGCUAUGUGAAUUCGACAUUGUUUAUGUCACUCAAAAGGCCAUCAAGGGACAAGCGCUAGCUGAUCAUCUCGCUGAAAAUCCCGUGGAUGAAGAGUACAUGCCUCUUAAAACUUAUUUCCCUGAUGAAGAGUACAUGCCUCUUAAACUUAUUUCUGAUGAAGAGGUUUUAUUUAUUGGAGAGGAUAUUUCCGAAGAAUAUCCCGGUUGGAGAAUGUUUUUUGAUGGUGCUGCGAAUUCCAAAGGAGUCGGUGCUGGAGCAGUGUUGAUUUCAGAAUCAGGUCAACAUUAUCCUAUCUCAACAAAGUUCAGAUUCCUAUGCACAAAUAAUAUGGCGGAGUACGAGGCUUGUAUUCUUGGGCUUAGAAUGGUUGUUGACAUGAAUAUACAAGAAUUGUUGGUUAUAGGUGAUUCUGACUUAUUGAUUCAUCAGGUUCAAGGGGGAUGGAGCACCAAGAAUGUGAAGAUACUCCCAUAUUUGUUGUGUGUGAAAGAAUUGUGCAAGAAAUUCAUCAAGGUAGAAUUCAAGCAUAUUCCACGAGCUCAGAACGAGUUUGCAGAUGCGUUGGCAACCCUGGCUUCUAUGAUUCAACAUCCAGACAAGAACUACAUAGAUCCAAUCAAGGUCAAUGUGCAAGAUCAGCCAGCCUAUUGUUUCCAUGUAGAUGAAGAACCGGAUGGAGAACCUUGGUAUUAUGACAUUAAGAGGUAUCUUAGAAAAGGAGACUAUCCAGAAGGAGUAAACAAUGUUCAAAAGAAAACACUUCGGAGACUCGCAAAUCACUUUUUCCUAAGUGGGGAAAUCCUUUAUAGGAGGACUCCAGAUUUGGGAUUGUUAAGAUGUGUUAACUCUCACGAGGCAAGCAAGUUGAUUGAAGAAAUACAUGGGGGUACAUGUGGGCCACACAUGAAUGGUUUCACUUUGGCAAAGAAGAUUCUACGAGCUGGAUAUUUUUGGAUGACCAUGGAAACAGAUUGCAUCCGUUUUGUGAGAAAGUGUCAUCAAUGUCAGAUUCAUGGUGAUUUGAUUCGGGUUCCACCGAAUGAGCUAAAUGUGACGAGUUCUCCUUGGCCAUUUGCAGCUUGGGGCAUGGAUGUCAUUGGCCCUAUUGAGCCAGCCGCCUCAAAUGGACACAGGUUCAUUCUGGUAGCUAUUGAUUACUUCACAAAGUGGGUAGAAGCAUCUUCAUACAAGUCUGUGACAAAGAAGGUGGUGACAGAUUUUGUUCGCAAUAACAUCAUUUGUAGAUUUGGGAUCCCCGAGUCAAUUAUUACAGAUAAUGGAGCUAAUCUCAAUAGUGGCUUGAUGCAUGAGAUAUGCGAGAAGUUCAAAAUUAUUCACCGCAAUUCCACUCCUUAUCGACCUCAGAUGAAUGGAUCAGUUGAGGCCGCCAACAAAAAUAUUAAGAGGAUAUUGCGGAAAAUGAUUGAUAACUACAAGCAUUGGCAUGAGAGUUUGUCCUUUGCCCUUCUUGGCUACCGCACCACAAUCAGGACUUCGACUGGGGCAACACCUUGUCUUUUGGUUUAUGGAACAGAAGCAGUGUCAAUGGAAGUCGAGAUACCAUCUCUGAGGAUCAUCCAAGAAGCUGAGUUAAGUGAUGCCGAGUGGACGCAAAAUCGGUAUGAACAAUUGAUGCUCAUUGAUGAAAAAAGAAUGAAUGCGGUUUGUCACGGGCAACUUUAUCAACACAGGAUGGCCAAAGCUUUCAACAAGAAAGUAAGAUUGAGACAGUUUGAACCGGGACAAUUGGUGUUGAAGCGAAUAUUUCCACACCAAGAUGAAGCUAAGGGAAAGUUUGCACCUAAUUGGCAAGGACCUUACAUGGUUCACCGAGUACUGACUGGAGGAGCUUUGAUUCUAGCAGAAAUUGAUGGCAAGAUAUGGCCAAAAGCUAUCAAUGCAGAUGCGGUUAAGAGAUACUACAUCUAG